AUGUCUUCUCCUCCCCGUAGUAGCGACCUCAAAAAGGAUGAUAAGGUUCUUUCGAAAACCUAUGUCUUGAUUGAAAACACGCAAGUUCAAAACACCCCGAAUAAAAUCGCCCCAAAGUAUACCCUAAAGCUUCCUGAUGCAUACGGAUUGUUACACAAGGAGGCAAAAGCCACUCAUACUCCAACACAAACCGUAAACACCUCAAGUAAAUUUCCGGAAACGUUCAAUCCAAGAAAGGAGCAAAACAUGCCCCACAAACAAAAGGUCGAUGAAUGGAUCCUGCAAGUUCCUGUUGCCCCUCUCAAUAUUCCUUGUGAUUUAUGGUCUAACGAGUGUUAUAAGCCGUACCUUGAGCUUGCAGAAAUCCCUGAAACUUUGACAGACAAUGAUGUGAACAUGAGCACCGAUUCGGCUGUUAUUGAAGUUCAAUCAAAGCUGAUUACAACCCUGACCAAUAGGGAAUAUUACAAGGAAAACGAGCUGGUGAGAAGAUAUGACGGUAGGGCCGAUAAAGAGCAUCUCUACUGUGUGUAUCCGGAAAUCGAAAACGGCAUGAAUGCAAUAUUAAUCGGCAUGCAGAGAUUCCAACCAAACCACCAAACUUAUCGUGGAAUGCACCCUUACGGUUUCUCUGGAUAUUCAAACUGA